AUGCGUAGCGCUAGACUACAGUCUCACGACCUAGGACGGACGGGCCAGUUCAUAAACGCCCUACUCUCAAAAGAGGAUGUCAAAAAUUUAGAGAAGCCACCGGUUCCAGAUCCUCCCAAGGCGGCGGCGCCGGUUGUAAAUGGCAACGGCAUACCCUUUCGAGCCGAUGCGAAAGCCCGAUUCUCUGACCCUCCCGCUCCUCCGCCACAACAGCCGUUACCCGAAAAGCCUGAUGUCCCAUCGUUAAAACGAGGCAGCACUGAACGACCUAAAUCCGUACCAUCGAACACCUCGCCAAUACGGCAGGACAACCUUAGUCAAAUCAUACAACUUACUGAAGCCCUAAACAAUGCAAAGAGAGAAAUCGAUACCCAGACUGCUAAGAUGCGGGAUUUGGAGGAGAUGUUGCUGAAAGAGCGCGAGGCACGCGAGGCUGCUGAGGAACUUGCGAAGCGCCUCGAGGAUGACGCACAUUCCCGGAUGAACGGCUCUGCAAGCUCGAAACACGACGAAUCAAUCUUAGAGGAUGCUUUUGAGCCACCGACUGAAAACUCAACAAUACGCGAGUCUGAUGCCCAAGCAGGCUCUUCCGACCAGAUAUCUGUUCCCAAGGUUGAUGAUAAUAAACCAUCAGACUCACUUCUGCCUCAAAUCGAAUUGAUGAUGUCGGAAAUUACGAACUUGAAGCAACAGCUCGAGGCAUACAGGCAGCGAGCAGAGACAGCAGAAGCGGAAAGGGAUGCUGAUCGCAAGUCGCUUGCUGAGAUGGUCCUUCAGAUCCGACAACGAGACGAAGAGGCCAAGAAAAUUGCUGCGGAGACAAAGACACGCUCACCAUCCAAACGAAGACGGCCCAGCUCGGGAACCAAGACUGCCACUGCGGUCCAGCCGAUCAAGUCCUCUGACGACGGCUCUACAAGAGAGGAAGACGCCCUGGAGGAGCCAGCGGAAGAGCCCACACUCUCUCGUGCUAAUACCAUUACACCGCUCACAGGCGCCUCUGGGAAGCUUGCUCAGGAUCAGGCAAUAGCACAGAGCCUUCCGUAUGCCUCCAUGAUCGGCGUUGUCCUUCUUGGCAUGGGCCUCAUGGCAUACAUCAACGGCUGGCAACCACAACCUCGCCUGGACCGAUAA